AUGUGUGAUGUCUCCCCGGUGACCAAUCGUAAACAGAUCGCUAUCCUUGAUUUUGGCUCCCAGUACAGCCAUCUCAUUGCCCGCCGUGUUCGCGAGCUUCACGUGUUUUGUGAACUUUACUCGUGUCUGGUGAGCGCCGACGAGCUGCGACAGCACCAACUUAAAGGCAUCAUUCUAUCUGGCGGUCCACAGUCAGUCUUUGAUGAAGUGGCACCGCACGUGCAACCAGACGUAUGGAAACUCAUUGAGGAGCAGCAGUUGCCAGUGCUGGGUAUUUGCUACGGCCUACAGGAAUUGGCCUUUACCAACAAUGGUAUUGUGGCUCCUUCCCAACAUCGCGAGUACGGUAAAGCAAUUGUUACUCGAAAAAGUGGUGUAGAUUGCGGUGGCCUUUUCGACGGUCUUCCAGACGAAUUUCAGAUGUGGAUGAGCCACGGCGAUAAGCUGCACAAAAAUCCGGAUGGAUUCGUAGACAUUGCAACGAGCGAAAAUUCCGAACAUGCCGCCAUCGUCAACGUGGCUCGCAAGUUUUAUGGCAUUCAAUUUCACCCCGAGGUCACCCAUAGUCCACUCGGCAAGAAUAUUUUGCGCAACUUUGUAGUUAAAAUCUGUAAUUCUCCAACGGAUUGGGACAUGCGCAGCAUUGCUGACGCCUUUAUUGAGGAGGUGCGCGAAACUGUCGGACCUGAGGGACACGUCAUUGGAGCUGUCAGUGGCGGGGUUGAUUCAUCCGUUGCUGCUGUUCUGCUAAAGCGCGCUUUGGGUGACCGUUUUCACGCAGUUCUUAUCGACAACGGUCUUCUACGUAAGGAUGAGGCCUUAGAAGUUGUCGAGCGCUUACAGACCAAGUUGGGUAUCAAUCUCAAAUGCAUUGAUGCAUCAGACCGCUUUUUGGAAGCUUUAAAGGGUAUCACUGAACCCGAAACCAAACGCAAAAAAAUUGGCAAUCUUUUUAUUGAUAUAUUCCAGGAAGAGGCUAAGCGUAUUGGCCACCCUGUUGAUUUCCUCUUACAGGGGACACUCUAUCCAGAUGUGAUCGAGAGUAUUUCUUACAAGGGACCCUCAGCUACAAUUAAGACUCAUCAUAAUGUUGGUGGCCUUCCAGAAAAGAUGCAUUUGAAGCUAAUUGAGCCGCUUCGGGAGUUAUUCAAAGAUGAAGUUCGAGAGCUUGGAAUGGCUCUCGGCAUUGAUGAGCCCAGUGUAUGGCGCCACCCGUUCCCAGGUCCUGGUCUUGCCAUUCGUGUGCUUGGUGAGAUUACACCAGAGGCUCUGGAGACUUUGCGCCACGCCGACUCGAUUUUUAUUGAAGAGUUGCGCAAUAGCGGACACUACAAAGCCACUGGUCAAGCUUUUUGCGUGCUAUUGCCGGUCAAAUCCGUUGGUGUGAUGGGUGACGGCCGCACCUACGAAAAAGUUGUUGCUAUUCGUGCUGUCAGCACUUCGGAUUACAUGACUGCCGACUGGUAUCACAUGCCGUACGAGGUACUUGGCCGCAUGUCGAACCGUAUCAUAAACGAAGUGCGGGGUGUAAACCGCGUUGUUUAUGAUAUUUCCUCCAAGCCGCCUGCUACCAUUGAAUGGGAGUAA